AUGUGUCAUUCAGUUACCUGGUAUUUUGCCAUGUGCCAGCACCCAGACCCGGGGUCAACUUCCCUGAUUGCGUGCAACAAAUCCUUCAAGCAGGGUUAUGAGUGCACCGGAGAGCACCGAACUGUAACACCUUUCCCACUUGAAGGAAGUUGCCUGCAAUGCAGAUUUGAUCAACUGAUACGACGCCUGUCUAUUUUCCGCGAAUUGCGGAGACAGCGUCGUUGGUCUGAAAUAUGCGAUGCACUCCAAUAUAGCGACGAAGAUGACAGUAGUAUCGACGGAAGCGAGGCUGAGGAACCUGAUAUGGAAACACAGGUCUCCCAGUCUCCCAGCUUGACUAGUAGGGCUGAGAACCGGGAGACCCGUGCAUCGUUCCACCCGGGUCCGACACGCAUCCCAGUCCUAGUGCAACCGUCGUCGUCUCACUUACCUAGUGCCGCUUUGGUUGAAUAUGCUGAUGAUAGCGCAGAUAAUGAAGACGAGCGUGAAUCCGAGCCUUUGCAGGAACCUCAGCCGCAGACGAGCCGGGCCUGGUGCUCUAGGAUUCCUCGUCCUACUAGGUUGGUGCGCAACCAGCAGCAUCGUACAUAUCUGGCAUUUAUCGCUGAUGAUAAUAUGUUGGACAUAGAGCCUUUGAUCGGCACUUCUAAACAAAAGGAAAAUCCCCGGACUUGGCGUUCCUGA